ACUUUAGUAAAAUUGAAAACCUCCGUAUAAAAUUGACAAAAAGUUCAGUUCCUGGAGCGGUUGUGCAAGCCCCGAUCGCCACCGUCCACCGCCAGCAUUCCGCACCAGCAGGGUCGUACCGCCGACGCUCAGCGGCGGAAAAGCCAUUCAAACUAUGGUAAUUCGAAUCCUAAAGAAUCUAACUUCGAAACCUACCACCACUAGCGCCACCGCCGCUGCAACUUUCCAACUCCGCUGCAAAACCACAUCGGCCGAGUACGUAGCAUCUAGAGCAAGAGACAUAACCUUCGAGAAGCUCAUGGAGAAUUACAAAAACCUCUUCAGAGUCACUGAAAUCCAAGACCUGAUCCUCGCCAGCCGCUCCAAUCCACCUUCCGUCUCAGUGGAUUUCCUCAACCGCCUAUCUCAGAGACUCCACCUCAACCGCGGCGCCAUAGCCUUCCUCCGCAGGUAUCCUCAUAUUUUCCACAUAUUCUACCACCCCGCCAAAUCUCAACCUUACUGCGCGCUCACUGAGACAGCCAUGGAAAUCUCUAGAUUAGAGGCACAAUCCACCAGUUCUUCAUUGGCCCUUGCUGUGGAGCGCUUGGUCAGAAUUCUAUCGAUGUCCCUCACCAAAACGGUGCCGCUUCGUGCUAUCUUCAAGAUCUGGAAAGAGUUAGGUCUUCCUGAUGAUUUCGAGAGCUCCGUACUCUCAUCAAAUUCUCAUAUAUUCACACUCGAUCAUGGAAACGAGCCAAACACUCAUGUAUUGAAACUAGUAACUGAAAUCCCAAAGGAGACCCUAAUUGCUUCUGUUGAAAAUUGGAGGAUCAAGGAGUGUUGCAAAGAGGAUUCCGGCGGUCUGGAUAGAACUGAAAUUCUAUAUAGCUUCAAACAUUCAUAUCCUCCGGGAAUGAGGUUGAGGAGGAACUUCAAGGCCAAAGUUAAACAGUGGCAAGGCUUACCAUAUAUUGGUCCGUAUGAGGAAUGGGGAUGUAAGGAGGAGGAGGAGAAGAAGAAGAUAAGUAAGAGGCAAAUGAUAGAAAAGGAGAAGAGGGCAGUUGGGAUAGUUCAUGAGUUCCUGAGUUUGACAGUGGAGAAGAUGGUGGAGGUUGAAAAGAUAAGCCAUUUUAGGAAAUGGUUUGGGAUUGAUCUGAAUAUAAGGGACUUGUUCCUCGAUCAUCCUGGGAUCUUCUACUUAUCUACUAAAGGGUACAGGCACACUGUUUUCCUUAGGGAGGCUUAUGAGAGGGGUUGCCUCAUUGAACCAAACUCUGUUUAUGAGGCUAGGAGGAAGCUUCUACAUCUUGUAGCGAUGGGGCGACGCGGGAUAUCUGUACACAAAACCUCGAGACAGGAAGAGGUAGAAAAUCAACAGAUGCCACAUCAGUGAAUACCAAUGAUGGACAUAAUAUAGUGUGGCUGGAAUAAUACUGUCUUUGUUCAGGGAAUUUUAAAAGGAUAUGACUAGGCCACAAACUUAAUUCUUGAUGAAUCUCAUGAAAGAGAUUAUUCAAUCAAGAAAGGGAUACACCAGCUUGUCUCAGGACUUUACAUCAUCAUAGUAGGGGACAGUAUUUGUGACUUGGGAGUUAGAUGAAGAGCUGGUCGCAAGCUUGGACAUGUCAGAGUUUAGAGCUCAUCCUUUGAAAGCUUUUGUCCACUGACUCCUCUAUGGGUCAUCGGGGAGCGCGUCAUUUACAAGAGUUCUGCAUUCGAAAUGUUAAAGGAGAUGUAUUUUUGUAUGUUAACUCCGUCACGAUUUUUUAACUUAGAAUCGCACAUUCCUGCAAUUUCAACAAUGUUGGCUCUAGUAUUUAAAUAAUAGGGACUAGGGAGUAUGUAUUAAUGAUCGAGUGACAUAUAUGACCACCUUGUAACGUUGCAAGACUCACAUUCCAUAUUAAAUUUCUACGUAGCAAAGAGGCGUCUAGACUGGAGCAUAGUCAAUGGUGUGUGUAAGGAGGGUCGACCUCCUGUUAUGCUAACUCCACUGAAAGAGGUAAUAUCAAGUUUCCACAUAUAUGAUCACAUGAUUUUCAUACCUAAUAUAUAGUAGUCAUUUUGUAUACUCGUAAUAUUUAAAGAUGACAUACAAUCAAUAGUUAGUUGAUUAUUUUUUUAUGGAUUAACAUGCCCUUGUUGAAUCUAUAACCCUAAUCCCUAAUCCUUCAUUAAAGCAGAUCAUACGCCUCAAUAUAUCUCCUGAUCCAUCUUCAGUUGCCCUCAUCAAUCUUCCUUCUAAGAUCCUCCCUUCAUUCUCUAUCGAGCUCCCUUCUCCAAUCUUCAAGAUAAAUCUGUUCCUUAUGUGUUCCCCCGAAACUUUAGAUUUAAUUAGCUUUGCAGUAUAAAAUUAAGAAUUAUUUGCUGUAAUUACUUCCAUAUCACAUAAGUUGGGUUUUUGUAUAUUGUUUCUUUGCUCUACUUCUCUUCGUUUGAUUUUUUCAAAAACUUGUUCACUCUAUUUUUGGAUGGGGACUUCUAAUGGUGGGCAGUGACUAGUGAGUCACAAAUACAUGCAGGCGGCGGACAAUGAGUUGCAUACAAGGACAUUGAUGCUGGAGGGAAGGGCUGUGAGAUUGAUGAGAGCAGACACUGGUGGGAAGACCAGUGAUGGCAAUGAAAAGGGCAGUGAUGGUGGGAGCGAAGGGCAGUGAUUCAAGUAAAUGGAGUGAAUUUUUUUAAGUUUAGACCAUCAGGAAUAUAAAAGAGUAUCUUAGUCUUAUUAUCUAUGUUUAGUCAUAUUAUUUUUUAGUCAUAUUUAGGGAAACUGAUGUUGUUUAAUCAUAGUCUCAGUAAAUUUCCCUGGAGUAGUGCUGGAUAAAUUGAAUCACAUCAAACUCUACUUCAAUAAAAUCACAUCUCUUCAUUUUUAAUCAACUCCAGUUAUCACAUACUCCAUGCUACCCAGGUGUUGUUCCUCUUUAAUAAAAGGUCGACAGACUUGCUG